AUGAAUGUUCUAAUUACAAAUUCAUUCUAUUUAGAUGUUGAAUUAACAAACUCGUAUGAAAUCAUAUUCGACAUUGUUGGUCCAUUUACCAUCCUACCGAUUCCAUUACCACCACCUCAACAACAAGAAUCAGAAGAAUCUUCAGGUUUAUUGACUGGAUUAGGAACUAAAACAAAACUGUUAUCAGCAAUGAAAACAGAAACUGCAAAUUUUACUUUUGCAAAUCAUCCAUUUCUUUAUGUCAAUGGUAGACGUUAUCAUAAUGUACCUACUGCAUCUUAUUUCCUGCCAAACGAUAAACAAGAAAUUGAGCGUUUAACUUUAGAACAUAUAAUCUAUCAUUUCAUUUGGAAUGGUAAUUUUUCCUCUCCUGUUAAUAAUGUUUUAAAGUCAUCACCCGCAAAAAAUGAUAAAGCAAAAGUUUUGGAUAUAGGUUGUGGCCCUGGCCAUUGGUUGUUAGAAAUGGCCGAGGAAUAUCCUAAUGCUAAUUUUGUUGGUAUUGAUAUUUCUCCCGUUUUCCCUAAUGAUUACGAUUCAAAUAAACCCACAAACGUUGCUUUUUUAAAAUUUGAUGCUCUUAGAAUAAAUAGAAAAAUGUUAUUUGAAAUUCCAUUACUAUUUAAUCAGAAAUCUGAAUUGAUUACUGUUCAUUCUCAAGAACGUCCGAAUCCUAUUGGUUCUUGGGGUGGCAAAAUGUUGAAAAACAUUGAAUUAAUUGUUGAUCCAUUAAAACCUUACAUAUUACCAGGUUAUCCGUCAAAUAAAACUGUUAGCAACAGCGCUCAUCAAUCAAAAUACAUGAUAGCAAGCAAUCUGAAUAACGUUUUAAGAAGUAAAAUUCUUGACGAUGUGCUUAUAAAAGUUCCAAGUAUUUUAGAAGAAACAAUUCCACAUAUUUCUGAGGAGACUUUGGUUUUCAAAGAAGCUGAAAAUCAUAUUACAAAUAAUACUGGUCCCAAAUAUGAAGAAAUUAUUAAAAGUAUAUUCUUUCUUUUAGAAAAUCAAAGCAAUGAUCCAAUAGCUCGUUCACUUGCUUUAAGAACCCUUGGUUAUAUAUCGACUUUAUUAACAGAGCUUUUGGAUAUUCAACACGGAAUACUUCAACGACUUGAUUCUCCUAUACCAAUAGAAGCAAAUGCUGCAAUUUUUGCGGCUGAUAAAAUUUCCUCAAAAACAGAAAAAUUUUCUGUUAUUUUAUGUGAAAAAUUGGCUUCAAAACUUCAAUUCUUAAGACACAUGCAUUGGGAUAAGAAUUUAGCUAGAAAGGCAAGGUCUAUGUGUAUUCAGCUGCUCGAGAAGCAUUCAGAUGAUGUUUAUGUUAUAACAAUUUUGAAAACCUUGACAUUCUUGUCAUGUCAUGCUCUUGAGUAUACUGCUAGUCAGAUUGACCUUUUAUUUCAAUAUUUAAUGGAUGAUGCAAGAAAAAGAGUUAAAAUUAGUAUACUAACUGAUUUGAAUAGAUUGGCAUCUAAAAACUUUAGAUUUGAUGCAACAAAUAUUUUAAAUUUAUUAAAUAUCAUAGAUAGUGAAUCUGAUGAUAUUAUCAAAAUCAAAGCAUUAAAUGUUUUAUCAACAUUAUUACAACAAAAUCCAGGCCAACUUACCAACCUAAUCUCCAUUGAUUUAGAUCAAGAUGUUCGUAUAGAGAUACUUCACUAUAUUCAAAUAUUUGAAGAUAUGUUACCGAAUAUUCAGCAAAAUAUGUUGGAUCUUACUAUCGUUUUUGUUAGGUUCUUUGUAAGGUUGAUAAUAGAAUAUGAACAUAUCAGAGAUUUAGAUCAGUUUAUAAAAAUAGGAGAUGAGAAAAUAUUGGCCAUGAUGUUGAGAUUACUUGCAAAGACUGCAUUAAGAUCACGACCUGAAUUUACAUCACAAAUAAAAGAAUUUAGUAAUACGCUUCUUAAAGCAAUUCACCAAUUUGGAAAUUAUAUUACAAAAAGGUUCACAAAAAAUCAAUGGGAUGUUUAUUUGAUUGGAGUAGAGGCCGGUAAAUCUGGUUGUUACAACAUCAUGUCAUCUAUUUUUCAAUCAUUUGUUGAUGAGGUUGAUUCUGAAGCACCUAGAUUUUGGCUUAAAUCUUUGAGUAACGUCGCUGAUGCUGAACAAAAAAUUGCUCACAAUAUUGAUAUAAAUCCAUUCGACGAUGGAAACUUUAAUGAACCUGUACGACUUUACGUAAAAGGAGACUCUGAAUUAAAUGGAUUCAUGUCUUUUACAGAUACAAGUGAUCACAGAAUUUUUGCAAGAUGGUUUUGUCAACUUCGAGUCGAAUUUUUUUUGAAAGUGAAACUUAUUUUAUCUCGAUUAAAUUUUCUCUUAAAAAUUAAAUCACAAGAAAUUGACUUUGACAUAAUUCAACCUAAAAAAAUUCUUAACGAUUUAGCGAAUUUACAUAGUUUUGUUGCUUAUUCAUUUUAUGAUAUUGAUAAAGAAAGUUUUGAAAUUUUGGAAUCAUAUCCUUUAGGCUUUUUUAAGGAAAAAUACUAUUAUACGCCUUUCAAUGUCUAUUUAACUCACCAAAAACCAAUAAAUCCAUUGUUACUUUCAUUGAUCCAGCUUACAAAUUCUGACAAUAAUUACCAGAAUGAAACUGAUAAAAUACAAGAAAUUAAUUCUUACAAAAGAAAAAAGAAUAAAACACAGUCUGUUUUAAGAUUUCAAUGUAUUGAUAUUUUGAAACGUGUUAAGCAACUCCAAGGAAUUAAAGAUACAGUUUGGCUUAAAAUUCCAUCGAUCGAAAGAAAUCAAUUAUUUCAACGAAAUUUUACAAAAUUAGUUCUUAAUUUUGAAGGAUUAGUUGAAAUAAGUAAAUUAAGUAAAGGUAGACUUUAA